ACCUCCUCCAUGCUGUACUCGAACCGCCGCGUGCGCGCAGGAAUAUAGUUGCAGCGUCAGGACGAAUGCCAGGCGCCAGCAGCCGAGCAUGGCACGCCCUCAUCCGGACGCACCACAUCACGUCUCGGAAAAAAGUGGCCAAACUCCGUCAAGCUGCAUCAGCCGAGGACGUCUAUGCCCUGAUCAGAUAUGGAGGCGCUCCGGGCAUCAUGUAUGUGCAGGGCCGUAAGAGCAACGUCGACUCCUGGGUUGCUGCAGUGCAGCGCCUUCGAUAUAAAGACUUUCAGCUCGCUAUACGGCCGGUGGAAGUACAGACUGAGAGCGACCAGUCUCAUGUGCCCGCUCCUCCGGAGAGACUGACUGGUCUUCACGAGGUCGAGUCCGUGAAGGAGUUUGCCACUCAGAUGCAUGCUUACGGCGUUUUGGACUGGUGGAGGACGGGAAUGGGCUAUGCAGGUGACCAAGGCCGACUAUGAUAUGAUGAUGAUGAUACAUGGGGCUUGAAAAUGAGCUUUAUUGGCUACGUACAGCAGCAGUCGAGCAAGCCCAUCAGAAUGGUCCUUUACCCGUCGAUGCAGGAUCCCCCACGAUGGCUCGGUCAAGUCGUCCUCGGAUACGGACGUUAAGUCUGCUGCAGCACAGCUUCAGGUUGUGUAGAUCUAGCAAACAGUCAGACCAGUGGAUGCGAGGCACUCUUUGCCUGGCAAAUUUUCCACAAGCACGCCUACUGUAGAUCCUUCCAAGCAUUUGAUAAUGACGAGAGAAAAGUUCCGAAGCAAAAAGAAAAGCAAUGAUCGCUUUGGAAAGGAUGGAAAUGCCAAUUUCCAAGCUCCAGGCUCUUCAAUCAAAUCAGUGCACGGCAUAUGGAUCUAACGCUUCAACAAACCGAGCCACAAAACGGUGCUAUCUAUCGACAACUAGAUUUCACAUCUAAAUCUUAUAGCAAGUACCCUGUCCUGUCGCGCAAGACAAUCAAUAGUAAAGAGCC